CUCCUCUAUAAACUCAUACAUGAAGAAGACGAGGUGCAGGAUUUUUCCUCUCUGAGAGAACAGUUGAGCUUUCUCACUGAGUCUCCUCUUCAGGAGGUGAAAUGCUGCUGAUUGACUUGAAACACAACUAUUUAGAUGUCAUAAUAAGACGUUGAAAUGGAAUCUACAGAGGUCCGACCAUGCUCUUCUAGAAAACCUCCACACACACCUACUCCUGCCGGCUCACAGCUUUGUGGGGAUAUGUGGACAGAAAUUUGUCUGGCUUCAGAUGGAGGCUCUGUGGAACACAUCACCCCUAUGGACCUUCAGAAAUAUGUAAAAAAGGAAGAAAUUGUAGAUGAAGAAUACCUCUGUGAAGGGCUAUCUGACUCUGUGGGACACCUCACACCUGUGGACCAACAGAAUCAUGUGAAAAAGGAAGAACCUGAAGAUGAACCCAAUUUCUGUGAUGGGACAUCAAACUCUAUGGAAAAUGUAGAUGAACACAGUGGAGGAUUUGAAAGAAAGCCUGUAAAAAAGGAAGAUGAAGAUGAAGACCCCUGUACAACAACAGACUGGGGCUCAAAAUUAAUUGGACACUGAUGAGCAGUUUCAUGUCCAGGUAUGGCCUGUUUAUUUCAUGACAAAUUUAGGAAAUAAAAGGUCUGGAGACAAACUUCAUGGUCAUUGAGUUGAUGGCAUGCAUGUGGCAACUGCUUUCUUUAAAUUCCUCUAAAGAGUUUUAAGUCUGUAAACUGGCCACUCUAGGACAUUCUAGGACUUAUUUCUUAACCAAGCUUUGGUUGACUUGGAAGUGUGUUUGGGAUCAUUGUCUUGCUGGAGAGUCCUAUAAUCACUAAGGUUCAAGUUCACCACAGAAGGCAUAACGUACCUCCUCAAAAUGGCUUGGUAUUUCUGUGAAUCCAUGGUGCCCAUUACACCGUCAAGAUGGGCAGUUCCUGCAACAAAAAAAAAAAUCCUACUUUAUCACUGACGCACCUCCAUGUUUGACCUUGGGGAUAGCAUUCUUCUGUUCUUAAGCCUAGUCUUUCUUGCACCAGAUUAACUUUGCAGGCCUAGCUAAAUUCCUUCUGGUAUAUUCCAGUCGACCUGCCCUGUGCUUCUUGGUCAAGAGUGGCGUGUGUUGUGGAGUCCAGCCAUGAAGUCCUUGGUUUUUAGUGAUCUUAGGUUGCCACUGACACAUUUCUCCCAGCCUUUGUGAGGUCAUCCUGUCUUGUCUUGUGAGUAAUACUAGGGUUUUCCUUUGUUGUCCUGAUGAGAUGGCUAAGGCCUCUUUACUACAUUGUGGGCUUUCUCCCACAGCCAGGCAGGUUUGCUGCUACGCCAUAUGUUUUGAACUUCCGUACAAUGCUCCCAAUGGUGUCCCUAGGAAUGUUCAAAGUCUUACAAAUUUUCUUAUACCCAUUGCCCUUUUGGUGCAAUAAAAUAUUUAAUUUUCUGUCAGCUUUUGUGACAGCUCCUUAGUCUUUACCAUGGUUGCAGCACACCUUAAACACAUCCGUGGGUGGUGUUUAUAUAAACAUGUUACAGCUGCAGCACAUUUAAGGGUUGUUAUUGAGUUCCCAAUGGGUUAAUAAUGUUUUAACCCAACUGUAGUUCAUAAAUUUUAGACUAGCAGUAGGCUUUAAAAUCAGCAAUAUUAUAUAGGGGUUAAAUAAUUGUGACAUCGCAGUAUUCACAAAAUAUCCUGCUACUCUAAAAUACAUAAUUAAUUUUCUUUGUACAUUUCAUCAAUCAACUGAUAAAGACUUAAUUUAAAGCAGCAUCCAGCUCUGCAGAAAAGCUUAAAAUUAUAAAUCCUUAUUUUCGUUUGGGGUUUGAAUAUUUCUGUUUGCAACUGUAGGUAAGGGGACAUUUCAAUGACAUUUCUCUCAUUCAAGGAGUCACUUAUUUCCCCAGAAGCAUGUAGUCUCAAAUUACUGGCCGAAUAAAACUAUGAAAUUGUUUUAUAUAUCUUACUACUACAGACAUAAAAAUAUCAUAUCCUUUCCAUGAAAUGUAGCAUGAUGUUAUAACAUAAACCAUUUAGUAUAUUUUCAGCUUUUAAUUCUCAUGCAUUAUUGAAAGUCACAUCUGCUUUGCAUAGAUUGCACUGUACCAUUCUUUUAGUUUUUUUUGAUUGUCUGGUCCAUAUCCAGGGAUGGUUUAGUUGUAUUUUACUGAUGUACAUCUGUGCAUCAGCAUGUUGAUUAUCCUCAAGUCAAGUGAGCUGUUCCUCUAUAUAGCGUAUAUACAUUGGAACGAAAUGUCAUUUCUACAGGACCGUGGUGCAGCAGAGAACAGUAUGCAGGACUAUAUAAAGUGCAAAUACAAAAAUGUGUAUAUAUUGCACUUUUAUGACAGUGUUAUGGAAUUAUACGAGCACUAUCCAUAUAGAAGACUUUAUCAUGAUAACAUUAUGAUACCAGUAUAGCCCUGCUCUAGUUUUACUGACUGACUUUUGUGCAGCAACUUUUACUCAACCUACACAUUAUCCCAGGUGUAUAGCAUCAUGUGGCAUAGUUUGCUUAGUAAGGCUGCCAGAACUUACCUCAACCUUACUCUAUGUAAAUCCCAUUUUUCCUGUGGCCUUGUUGGGAUCCCUUACAAUAUGCUAAUAAAGAUUAUAAGGUGUCUUAUAUGUCUUCCAUCCAUCCAUCCAUCCAUCUUCUAUACCGCUUACUCCU